UCCCUAGAUUUCUAUGUUUGUAUCGAUACAAUUUUCUCGUAUACAGAAUCGUAAUUCUUGAUCAUGAAUCGUGAUUCGUGAUUCAUCACUGUAUAAUUACUUACGUAUUUUCUCAUCCUAGUAGUACGUCGGAUAAGUUACUUCGUGUUAUUUCUCGAAAUAGUUCUGUUUGGUUCUUGCAACGCAUUGUUAAUGUUUUCGCGUGCAGCUAAGAUGCCGGUAUUUCAUACAAAAACCAUAGAAAGUAUCCUCGAGCCUGUUGCACAGCAGAGAGAAGGAUGAAGAUAGAAGGAGACAGAUUUUCGAUAAAAGGAAUUCAUUAAUUUCAUCUUUAAAAAUAAUUCACUUGUCAUAAUAUAAGAUAUGUAGUAAAUGUUUUUCAUAUGUUUUAUCUGAUCUAUUUGUAAAAUAUAUUUAUAUAAUUUAAGAUCUGUCAAACUAGAAUUAUUUGUUAAAAACAUAAUAUUUAAUACAUGUUAUGAAAUUUAUAAUUUUGAUUUUAUGCCAUUGAUUAUUAUGAAUGAUGUUAUUAUCAUGGUAAACCUGCCAAGUGACUUGUCUUUCUUUAUAUAGAACUAUGACAUCAUUCUACAAAUAUAGGGCAGGGAUACUAAAUUCAUCUUUAGGUCUAAAAGGUUGGCUAUAUGAAAUUCAAUCCUAGUACAGACAUUAUGAAAAAUCAUGUUAUUUAAACUAAGAUCAUUCUGUAUCUCUAAAAAAGGACAUGUUCUAGUCUACCAAUCAUUAAACCAUCCUACACAUUAUACAUAUGAAAUUACUAAUGUCCUCUAAAUUGAUUGUCUUUCUGAAUAUGCUAAUUUAGAUAACUCCAAUGUUAAUGUUUCGAGACUUGUCAUCUUACAUGAAGAAGCUGAAGAUGGAAAUGCAAUGCCUGAUUUGGGAAGGCCUGUGCAAGCAGUUAGUAUGGCAGUGGCAAAUCUUGUUAAGGUAGGAAAAGAAACAAUUAAUUCUUCUGAUGAUGCUUUGCUUAAACAAGAUAUGCCUGCUGCUUUACAACGAGUUGAAGGAGCUUCACGUCUCUUGGAAGAGGCAUCGGCUAUGUUAAAACAAGACCCAUAUUCUGGACCAGCUAGGAAAAAGUUAAUAGAAGGUUCACGUGGGAUCCUUCAAGGAACUAGUUCCUUACUUUUGUGCUUUGAUGAAAGUGAAGUACGUAAAAUUAUUAGGGAAUGCAAAAGAGUAUUAGAUUAUUUGGCAGUAACAGAAGUUAUUGAAACAAUGGAAGAUUUGGUUCAUUUUCUUAAAAAUUUAAGUCCUUGUCUCAGCAAAGUAUCGAAAGAAGUGAGUGCUCGUGAAAAAGAACUAACUCAUCAAGUACAUAGAGAAAUUCUGGUACGCUGCUUAGAGCAAGUAAAAACACUUGCACCAAUUCUCAUCUGCUCUAUGAAAAUAUUUAUUCACAUUAUUUCUCAAGGAAGUAAAGGAGCAGAAGAAGCAGCUGAAAAUCGUAACUAUUUAGCUGGCAGAAUGUCAGAUGAAUUAAAUGAAAUUAUUAGGGUAUUGCAACUUACUACAUAUGAUGAAGAAGAAUGGGAUGCUGAUCAGUUAACAGUAUUAAAGAAAGCACAAAGUGCUAUAGAAUCUAGGAUAAGAGCUGCUUAUGAUUGGUUAGAUGACGGACUUGCUUUGCGAGGUGGAGUAGGGGAAAAGAGUCUUCGUCAAAUAGUUGAACAAGCACAACGAUUGGCAGAAAGAUAUCUCCCGCCUUCACAGGCAGAACCAUUGCAAAAAUUAACUUCACAAAUUGUUACUAUGACCAAUGCACUUUGUGAAUUAAGACAGAAUGAAAAAGGAACUACACCGCAAGCGGAAGCUUUAGCGCGUGGUAUAAAAGAAAAAACAAACGAACUUCGCAAUGCUAUUGCCUCUGCUAUAGAAGCUGCUGAUAAAUCUGGUACCACGCAAACUGCUCACACAGUUGCAGGUCGUCUAGAACAAGCGAAUAAAUGGCUUCUUAAUCCACAACAUGAUGAUAAAGGACUUGGUCAGAGAGCUAUAGCUUUAAUUAUACACGAAGGAAAAAAGAAUCAGCAACACGUAGCAAGCGUUGCCGAAGGUCUACCAGGAAUACAUAAAGCAGAAAUUCUACAACUUUGCGAUGAAGUUGACAAUCUCUCUCAUCAACUUGGAGAUUUAUGCGCUCAUGGUCAAGGGAACACACCUCGUGCCCAAGAAAUCGCUCGUCAAUUGUCGCAUAAGCUGUAUGAACUGAAAAAUAGAAUACAACAAGCCGUUGUGUCGAGAGUAGUCGAAGAUUUCAUCGAUAUAACGACGCCUUUAAAACAAUUUACGGACGCUGUAUUAGCUCCGGAAGGCACUUUAGGUCGCGAUCAAAAUUUCAAUGAUAAAACCCAUGCUCUUCAAACAUUUUCCAAUAGGGCAGCAAAAACAGCCAGAAUGGUGGCUGCUGGUGGUAGUGGAGGUAACAAAAAAUUGGCAGAAGCGUUAACUGCAAGUGCUUCGCAAGUUGAAUCUUUAACACCACAAUUAAUUAAUGCUGGACGAAUUCGAAUGACUUAUCCAGACAGUAAAGCUGCGGAUGAACAUUUUGAAAAUUUGCGACAGCAAUAUGCAGAAACAAUGCAGAGAGCACGUGCAUUAUGCGAUGAAGCAACUGAUAGUGGGGAUUUCAUUAGAACUUCUGAAGAACAAAUGCAAAAGCAUUCGUUCCUAUGUGAGGAAGCUAUAGCAAAAAGUCAUCCACAAAAAAUGGUUGACAAUACAGCUGCCAUUGCUAGAUUGGCUAACAGAGUAAUACUUGUGGCAAAACAAGAAAGUGAUAAUAGCGAGGAUCCUGCGUUCAUUCAAAGAGUGAAUCAAGCUACAGACAUUCUCCAAAAUAGUGUUGCUCCGAUGGUCCAAGAUGCAAAGUUAGUUGCGAUUAAUAUUAACGAUAGUAAUGCAGUUUCUCGUUGGAGAGAAAGUAACCGCGCACUUUUGUCUAAUGUUGGACAAGUCCGUAAAGCUAUCAUAAUUCAACCAGAUCUAAUACCCCCACCAGAGGUAUCGCAAUUACAUCUUAAUGAUGAAAAACAAUUGCCAAGCCGUCAAUAUAAUUACUUCAUAGACAAAGUUGGUGAACCUUUAAGAAAUCAACCAUCGCCAAGCAAUUUAUGUGUCGUCAGCUCCAAUUUAAACACAAAUAAACCUCAACAUCGCUCUAUCAGCCCAUUACCAAAGUGGGCACGUGAAGGAGAUAACCCUGAUCUCUUAUAUCAAGAACUGGCUUCUGACAACGAGUUAGAAAAAUCAGUUCACGAUGGAGUAGGCUACUACUAUGAUUAUGGUAAUAAUGAUGAAGUCGUCCCACCGCGUCCACCUCUGCCUGGUGGAGAUAUUCCGCCUCCACGACCUCCACCACCGGAAACGGAUGAUGAGGAUGAAAUGUUUAUGCACGCACCGCAGCCUAAUCAGCCUAUAAUGAUGGCUGCUCAUGGCUUACACCAAGAAGUACGACAAUGGUCAAGCAAAGACAAUGAAAUUAUUGCUGCUGCGAAGAAAAUGGCUAUUUUAAUGGGUCGAUUAUCAGGUUUAGUUAGAGGAGAAGGUGGUAAUAAACGGGAUCUGAUCGCAUGUGCUAAGGCCAUUGCAGAAGCUUCUCAGGAAGUAACUCGUUUAGCUAAGGAAUUAGCUAGAGAAUGUACCGACAAACGUAUUCGUACUAAUCUCCUUCAAGUUUGUGAACGAAUACCUACUAUAGGUACACAAUUAAAAAUAUUAUCUACAGUGAAAGCUACAAUGCUAGGUGCACAAGAGACGCUCCCCACCUGGGAAGAGUUGAUGCUUUAUGGUACAGAAGAAGAUCAGGAAGCAACAGACAUGUUAGUUGGAAAUGCUCAAAAUCUUAUGCAAAGCGUAAAAGAAACUGUUCGUGCUGCAGAAUGUGCCAGUAUAAAGAUUCGUACCGCAUCUGGUAUGAAAUUACGCUGGGUGCGACGACAGCCUUGGUAUCAGUACUAAGAAAAAAAAUUGCUAUAAUGAAAAUAAAAUGUAACAGAUGGGUAAGACUUCUUAAAUAUUAGAUACAUUUUGACUGAUUCCACAAUAUAUGUCAUGAAAAAGUGUUCUAACGAGGAAUAACAUCCAAAUUUUUAAAAUUGAUUUUAACAGUGAAAUAUAUAAUAGAAUCCGAAAGGUACUGAGUAUUUUUAUUUAUGAUGGAUUUUCAGAAAUAAGCACUAUAUAUUUUAAAAAGUUAGGUAAUUGUUAAUUUUUGUAAUAAUUGUGAAUAAGAAAAAUAUAUAUAUAAUCUUUAAAUUUA